AUGUUUCGCAACGAUUGGCAGCUUUCGAUGAACUCGAAGACAUUCGAUGCUCUGGACUGCUCGCUGUUUAGAAACUUCAGAUUUAUGACAGUGGUUAACUACGCAUUCUUCGUAGUGUUUCUCACAGGACUGAAAAUCGCACUGUUCGUUUCGGACGUCUACACCUGCAUCAAGCUUCUAGCGUUCAAUACGUGGUCCAACAACAUCAUUCAGCCAUACAUCUCGUUUCGCAUCAGCAAAUGGUUGUUCAGCGGGUGUAUUCUGGCCUCGGUGGUGCUGAUCAUCUGGGAAGUGGCAAACGGCAUCCGCAUCUAUCGAACGCGCAACAUUUCGCUCACGUACGUCAAUAACUUCUCGCGUGGUGUGUACUCGCUCAGCCAGUACAACAAGUUCUGCGUUUACGACAGAAUCAUGCCAGAGGGCGCAUUCCAAAAAGUGGCGUUCUACACCUUCUUCGAGCUCAAGGACUGCGUGAGACUGCUCGUAACGGACACCCCGCGUCAGGUCAUCAACGGGCUCACGCUCUGGUCCGUUCUGGUAUCACGCAACCAUAACGAUCUGGGGAAACUGGAAAAUAUCAGCGGGCUGUUGGCCAAGAUCAAGACCAUAGCGCAAACUAACCGCGAAGAAGCCAUUUUGUUGUCGUUCAUGCUGUUUUCGUUCGUGGUCUGGGCGUUUUUCAUGUCUAAAUUCGUCAUCGCUUGUGUGUGCUCCAUCUACGUCUACUACAAACUUCUCAACGAGUGGAAACGCGGGCUCAAGGAAUACGUAUGUGUCACCGUCAGCGAACACGUCAAUCUUCUGGUUGAAAAGUACCGUGAAAAACGAAACGAUACCAGCCAGCCGUUUGGCAAAACGUCUUUCAGGUCCAGCGAGGACAAAUAUAUGUUCAGCUCUUCUACCGCAGAUCUUCUGUCAAAACCUGCCCUGGGUCGAGAUCUAGAGAUGGGACAUCCAUCUCCAUACUUCUCAGCUUUCGAGGACUCAAAAACAAACUUGAAGUUCUCCAACGAAGCUGUUGGCGACUCUGAUACAUCAGGAGAGCUUCUUCAAAGGCCAACUGACCUCUUCAGAGACUCGGGCACUCAAGUCGACUUACAUGAAGAGCCAGAGACCUCAACUUUGGUUUCUCGAGAAACGACAACUGCAGAAGCCCAAAGAAGGGAUCCUCCAGGGGAUUUGCUUGGAGAAUUUGAGUAUUCUAACGAGCCACUUCGGGAGUCAGGCGCCCUCAGCGAGCCACCUCGAAACUCGGACAGUCCAGUUCAACCGCUUUCUGCAAUUGUCAACUUAGACAACCCUAAUGUGAGAAUUGGCGCGUAUAAUACAGUGUCAAAAUUCUCGAAAGUAUGUACACCAGAAAGGGCAUAUUUUGGUGACACAGGAAGCGAAUGUGUUGCUAGAAGCUCGAGUCUAAUGGAUAGACGGAAUCGAAUCGAGAACGAAGAUUAUGAAUAUUAUACAAAGGGCAAAUGA